AUGAGGCUGCUCGUGAUUUUGGUAGUUGCCUGGUAUGCCGUUGAGGCUUCGAACCCCGCCUGCGAGCAGUACGUCGAAUGUAUGGCCGCCGUGCGCACGAAGCAGCAGGGAUGCGCAGCACAGGAAGAAUUAGCGCUGAGGAACGCGAAGCUCCCCGAAUGCGACGCGGCCAAGGAGGAACACCUGAAGAUGACCGAACUGCUCCAAAAGAAAGCCGAAACCCAAGAUAAAUGCGUUUCUGAGAAAGCCGCUGAUGCUGUGGAGCUGACGGGGGCUAGAAAAAAUAAGUGCGACAAGAUCCUCGCCAAAAUCGAUGCGACCACCCCGGCUGCGCCCUCUGCUACCACGGAGUCGGAGAAGAUCAAGCGGGCCAUUAAUAGAGGGCAAAAGAACAAAGUCGCCAAGCUGCAGCACCGUGCCUGCUUGCGGGAGACGCGUCAGCAGCGGACGAAGUGCAUCCAGUUGAGCAAGUGCUGCCCGGCUGUGAAGCAAUGCGAAAAAGACGGCGGCUUCAAGGCGGAGAUCGUCUCCCUCCGGAAGAACAUCAAGGAGAAGAACAAGAGCUGCAGGCAGGCCGCCCACAAGAAUGCCCUCGCCCAGAAGAGCCAGCAGCGGAAACAGAAGAAGGGCAAGAAGGAGCAGGACAAGAAGAGCAAGAAGAAGAGCAACACCACCGCCAAGCCCACCUCCGCCGAGACGACCACCGCCAAGUCGUUGGAAAUC